AGAUUAAAAACCUCAGCUCGCAGGAAAGCUGCGACUCACUUUGUUCCUCAAUGGCGUCUGCUCUGUGUAGAACUGCAAGCCGCCUUCGUACCCUUCAACUCUGUCGUCGGAUUCGCGUCUCCGGCGAUCUACUAUCGACAUCGUCUCCGUCUCCGGCGUGCAUCUCCGACGCGCUUCGCCAUGGGGUUUUCUCUCUCCCUCGAUCGUUUCUUCCACUAAACUGUGGAAUCGAACUGUUGAAGAUGGAUCAGAGAUGUUUGAUUAGUACUUCUGCUUCUGAUACUACCUCGAAGUCUGAUACAAAAUCUUCCGAUAAGGAUGAGAAAUCUGAAGAUUCAGAGAGUUCCGACGGUGGUUCAAAUCAGAAAAACGACCGUGGUUCUGGAAGAGACGUUCGUGGAGCGCCAGUUUCAUGGAUGAGCUUUUUCUUGCUGUUUGCUACUGGAGCUGGAUUGGUCUACUAUUAUGAUAGAGAAAAGAAACGUCAUAUCGAAGAUAUAAAUACAAAAUCUAUAGCCGUCAAGGAGGGACCAUCUGCCGGAAAAGCAGCCAUUGGAGGACCAUUCAGCCUUAUAAGAGACGAUGGGAAACGUGUGACGGAGAAAGACUUAAUGGGAACAUGGACCAUCUUAUACUUUGGCUUCACUCAUUGUCCCGAUAUUUGUCCUGAUGAGCUUAUUAAGUUAGCUGCUGCCAUUGACAAAAUAAAGGAAAAGUCGGGAGUAGAUGUGGUGCCAGUGUUUAUCUCUGUGGAUCCUGAAAGAGACACAGCUCAGCAAGUACAUGAAUAUGUUAAAGAAUUUCACCCGAAAUUGAUUGGGUUAACCGGGAGCCCCGAAGAAAUCAAAUCGGUGGCCCGAUCUUAUCGAGUUUACUACAUGAAGACAGAAGAGGAAGAUUCAGACUAUCUCGUUGAUCACUCUAUCGUUAUGUACUUGAUGAGCCCGGAAAUGAAUUUUGUGAAAUUCUAUGGAAAGAAUCACGAUGUUGACUCGUUGACCGAAGGCGUUGUGAAAGAGAUCCGACAGUACCGGAAGUAAAGAGCGUUCGAAGAACACUUAGGUGAUUAAUUUUUCAGUGUUCCCAGUUUUGGGAGGUCACCAGUUAAUAAGAAUUUCCCUGUCUACGGAGCUUGGGUUUCCUUGGAAAAAACGUCAAAUUCUUGUUUUGGCCGAGCUUGGACACGACAGUAUGCAUUAUUAAAGGAUCAAUUGAGACAUUAUGAUCCCAUUGUCCAACAAAUUGAUCUCGCUUCUUCAUGUUGACUCCUAACUCUCGAAGGCCUUAAAACCUCUACCGUGCAUGAAUGGAAGUGGAAAUGUUCCAAUA